GACUCGCCUGGACAUGCAGUCUGCUUCACCUGUGUAACGAUGAGGAAGGCGUCGAGAUCCCCGUGUCCUUUAAGCGGAAUAGCCUUGUUGUGGAUGCGCAGGUGUUUGCAAUGCAAGAGCAAGGGAUUCAGGAGUAUGAGGCCAAGGUCCAGGCCGUAUAUCGGCCGCGCAUCGUUGUUCAGAUAACCUUCAACAUCCACUCCCAGGGCCCCGAGUGGAGCUUGCUUGAGUGCGGUGAUCCAUGCCUCUUGACCAGGGGCAAGGCUCGGCAUGAUCCGUCAGAUGUGGUAGGAGCUGUCUCGGACUUGAUAAACCUAGCUGAGCCGAUUGUUCCGGCCACUGAUGUAGACAUUCCCAUCUUCACUGUGAUGCACCGCAACAAGGGCAACGAGCCAGAUCGUUACGGCGUGGAGUUCAUAGAGGCCAGUCUUCAGCAGAGUUCAGGCAGUGCGGAUCCCGUGGCGAGUGCAUUCUUUGGCCCUGACCCUGUGAGCGAAGAUGAGGUGAUUGAUCUACCAGAUGGAAUUGAUCUAGGUGCUGGUGUCGAGCUGCCAGGUGUGGAUGUGUUUGAUGCUGAUGGCGGCGAUGCGGUCCCAGCUCCAGGACCUGUGAUGCUGGCAGGAAAUUCGGAUGAGCACGUAGAUGUGGAGGGGUUCGAAGAACAUCCUCUACAGGAGAUUGGUUGCGCACUCAAAGAAGAGAGGGAGAGCCAGUGGCUGAACAGCCAACAGAUGAGCAACGAGCUGAGCAUGAACUCACCCACGUGCCUUUCAAUAAAUGGUGAUCUUGAGUUUAUGACCAAGAAGCCGGCUGACAAGGACCUCCUCACGAUUCUCGUUGUUGUGGACAAAAGUACCGGCAUGUGCAGGGCCAUUCCGCUGCCAUCGAAGGGCGAUGGGUCGCUCGUGCACGGAAUCAGGGAUUUGGGGACAACGCUCCUGGCACAAUUGAAAUCCAAGUCAGGGGCUGAGCUUCGAAAUGAUGAUGACCUGGUGGGAUGGGCGUUCGUGAACGCCUCGAUGUUGCACAACGUCUUUGCUGUUCAUGCUGGUACCGCACCAUACGAGCAAGCUCCCAACAUGGCCUAUCGGGGAAAUUUUGCAUGCUUCGGUGAGGUAGUCUUAUUUACCUUGAAUCAGAAACCCGUCAGAAAGGGGAAGCCGAAGUUUGUGAAAGGCGUGUGGUGGGGGAAGACGCUGAAUAACGAUCUGAAUGUGUGUGGGACAGCGCUGGGCAUCUACAUGUCAGGAACAAUCCGGAGGAUGGCUCCAGAUCAGCGGUGGAGCAAGCACAUGAUCAAGGAGUUCAGCGGUAAGACGUAUAGAUUCUCGCCGAGUACCUUUGGCAAAGUCAUGAUUCCGGGCAUCAAGGAGAUGCGGAAGCCGGAAGCGAUUCAGGUGAUGUCUGCGCCUUACCCGUUGCCAGCUCCUGACAAGAAGGCGGAACCACCAGGAGAUGAAGCAGGCGUGAAUGGUGCUGAAGGUGAUGGAGAUCAGCGUAGUGCGACGGAGCUUGAGGCCAACCGCGGUGAGAAGCGUGAAGCCGCACCAUUGCCGGAUGCAGGUGGAAAGAGUUCGAAGAGUCCAGCAGUGAUGGUGGAAGGAGAAGAAUUGUACGUGCUAGACGAACCUCUAGAUCGUGAUUUUCCCGUCGACGAGGAGAUGAACUCCUACUCUGAAGACGACGACGUCGAGGACUAUGGAGAAUCGUGGCACGGAGAGGUGCUGCAAGCGUUGAUGGUGUCCUGGAGCUCGUGGAAGCUUCAAGCGUUCGACGUGAAGGACGCAUUUCCCACAGUCAAGCAGCGCAGUGAGCUGUAUGUUCUUCUGGACGGAGUUCCAUUCAGGGUGCUUCGGUGUUUGCCAGGACAGCAAGCGGCCUCAGCAUGGUGGUCAGAGCAGUUGACCGAGGAUUUGGAGGAGGCCGGUCUCGGAUGUGGCGUUGAUGUAGGUGAGUCGGUUAAGUUCUUGAAGAAGGAGUUUGUGAUAACUGACUUGGGUGUUGAGAUCAGGGUGAGUGGCCGGUACUUGGAGAAGAUUUUCGGCAUUCUUGACAUCAAGAGGCCUAGAGCUAGGAAAACCCCGUGUUCAAUGGAGAUCACCCAGCUUGACUACUCGGAGGACUGUGAUGGUGAAAUGGCGGCGAAGUAUGGUGGGGCCAUAGGCGGUUUCCUUUAUUCUUCACCGGAUCGUCCCGAUUGUCAGUGGACCAUCGCGCACCUCGCGAGGGCGAUGAGUCGUCCUACGGUGAAGAUGUUCAAGCAUGCAAUCCACUUAGCAGAGUACAUGAUGAGCACGAAGGAUGCAUGCCAGCUUUUCCGUUGGACGUAUCCCAGAAGGUCAUGCCUAUAUGAUCGAGUUCUUUCGCGAAGCGAGGCCAGGGCUCUUCGGGAGCGACUCCGGUGUCUUGCAAAAGAGAUGCUGGUUCGCGGAUGCCUGUGA